UGGGGCAGUGCGCAUGCGCAGACUCAGCUGUGUCAGGCGCAGUAGUGGAGCUACUGGAGCUCGAGGUGACUCUCUGUGAGGUUCUGUGUGUUUCUGUGGUUCUGAGACCCGCGCGCGGUUCCGCUGCUUCUCUACAGAACCGAGGGAGGAGAACCUCUCAGACCAGCGAGGAACCCGAGGAACAUCCCGCUGUGCAGAGCGCGAGAGGAGAACCAGAAUCUGAGCAGGGUGCUGGGUGGUGAUUGGUGGGUGGUGUGAGUGAUGGGGGAUGAGUACUACAGUGUUCUGGGUGUUGCGCGGAACGCGUCUCCAGACGAUAUUAAGAAAGCGUACAGGAAACUGGCGUUAAAGUGGCAUCCAGAUAAAAACCCGGAGAAUAAAGAGGAGGCUGAGAGGAGGUUUAAGGUGAUCUCUGAGGCGUAUGAAGUUCUAUCAGACGAGAACAAGCGCAGCGCCUACGACAGAUACGGAAAAGAGGGCCUGACUGGAGGAGGAGCACGAGGACAUUAUGACAACCACUUUGGCGGUGGAUUCACAUUCCGUAAUCCUGAAGACGUCUUCAGGGAAUUCUUCGGUGGCAGAGACCCGUUCGCAGAUUUCUUCGGAGACGACCCCUUUGACCCGUUUGAAAACUUCUUCGGAGGGCGUCGGCCGAGGAGCAUGAGGAGCCACCCUGGAGGAUUCUUCGGCGGGUUCGGGGGCUUCCCACCAUUCGGGGGAGGAUUCGCUGCCUUUGAACCAGGGUUCACCCCCUUCGGGCCGAUGGGAGGAGGAAACUUCACCUCCUUCUCCUCUUCUUCGUUUGGGGGAGGAGGAGUAGGAAUGGUGGGAGGAGGAGGAGGAGGAGGAGGAGGAGGAGGAGGGAUGGGAAAUUUCCGCUCCGUCUCCACCUCCACCAAAUUCAUCAACGGCAGGAGGAUCACCACCAAACGCAUCGUGGAGAACGGUCAGGAGCGAGUGGAGGUCGAGGAGGACGGGCAGCUGAAGUCUCUCACAGUCAACGGUAGGGAGCAGCUCCUGAGACUGGAGCACCACUGACCAUCUCCCCCAAACCCCACCCUCACCUCCACCUCCUUACAGCUACAGCUUCCUGUACGGUAAACUCCAACCAAAACCCGAACCCGAAUCUGUUCCCCUGCCUUCAGAGAGAGAGAGAGAGAGAGACACACACGAUCCAGAGCGACAGCAGCAGCAUUUUCUCUCUAUUUCUCUAUAUAUUUACACCUAGUCUAGCUCACUCGCCCUCUGAGCCGAGAGGCGUCUGUGUGCCUGUAGGUGGCGCUGUCAUUCCCCUGAGGUCAGGGUGCUUUUAUUAUUAUUCCAGACUGGAGCUUUAAUGGUACUUUUUUUUUUUUUUGGUUUGUUUUUUCAAUUUUUUUUUUUUGCGAACAUUCCUUUACUAUUCUAGAGCCGGAGAACCUCAGUGGGCAACUGUGUAUAUUUUCCUUUGCUGCCUUUGGAGUGUUUUUCUCUUUCUUUUCUAUUAUCUUCUUUUCUUUAAUUUUAUUUCCUGCAAGUGCACAAUUGCCUCAAUCUCUCAAGCACAGCUGGCUGUACACCAGAACCUGCUGAGCAUGAUCCUCAUGCUCCUCGUUCAUCUUUCAUCUCAGACGGGAAUCGGGAGUUAUCUCUCAGAGUGAAAAGUCUCAAUCCUUAAUCUCCUGUUUAACUGUAAUAUUAAUAUAGAGUAUAAUAUUUAAUAUAAUGCACACCGAUUAAGCAUUAUAACAUUUUGCACACUUGUUUCCACCACAUACUUUUUAUUUUACACACUUAUUAUCUUUAUUAUACUUAUUAUCCUCCUUUCACCCUGUUCUUCAAUAUUCACAGAACCCCACAAAGGAGAAAAACACAGAGAUACAGCUAUUAAACUAUAAAAAGCUACAUUUUAUGGCAAUAAAUCUUAUUUUUUUCUUAUUUUCUAAGACUUUUUGUAUUACUAAGCAUUGUGUAAGUGUUAGAUUAUUUUAGGAAUAAUUUCCUUUCUUACUGAGAAUAUUCACAUUAUUUGAAGUAAUUAAAACUCAAAAUUAGCACAAAAAAAACAUAUAUAUUCUUGUUGCAAUUUAACUAUUUGUUUUAUUUGCUUUAAAACAGGUUUAAAUAGGUUAUUAAAAAAGUACAAUUUAAAAAAAAAAAGAAAGAAAAAGAAAAAGGUUGGCAGCUCUUCAGUUCACAUACAGUAUAUACCAAUACACACAAUACAAAAUACAAUGAAUUUUUAUCUUAGAGAAUUACAGAUCCAUAUAUCUUUAACACACUAUCUGCACAGUCCAAACUUCAUUGAUUUUUCCUUGAUUUACGACUUAUUUUGAGAUUUUUGAGUUUUUUUUUAGAAAGGAAGAUUCCUACGAAAAAUUUGCUUUUCACAUUGGCAGAUCAUUUUGCUUAAGAUAAGGAAAUACAGCUCUGGAAAACAUAAAACAUUAGGAGAGCACUUCAGUUUCUGAAUCAGUUUCUCUGAUUUUGCUAUUUAUAGGUUUAUGUUUGAGUAAAAUGAACAUUGUUGUUUUAUUCUAUAAACUACAGACAACAUUUCUCCCAAAUUCCAAAUAAAAAUAUUCUCAUUUAGAGCAUUUAUUUACAGAAAAUAAGAAACGGCUGAAAUAACAAAAGAUGCAGAGCUUUCAGACCUCAAAUAAUGCAAAGAAAACAAGUUCAUAUUCAUAAAGUUGAGAAAUCACAAUUUUCAUGCAUCUCAGCAUAAUGUUCUCUUCCUCCUCCACCAGUCUUACACACUGCUUUUGGUGGAUAACUUUAUGCUGCUUUACUUAUUUUACUGGUGCAAAAAUUCAAGCAGUUCAGUUUGGUGGUUUGAUGGCUUGUGAUCAUCCAUCUUCCUCUUGAUUAUAUUCCAGAGAUUUUCAAUUUGGUAAAAUCAAAGAAACUCAUAAUUUUUAAGUGGUCUCUUAUUUUUUUUUCAGAGCUGUAUAUCUAAAUUUGAAUAUAUAUUUCGUCUAGUCAGCAGUGCUGCUGGAGUUUUUUCAAACACUGUGUUUAAUCAUCAGUCACUGUCCUCCAUUGUCCUCUAUUACACACUCCUACCUACAGCUGAAACACCUUAAUAAUUAUAAUAAAUUAAUAAUAAUAAUAAUACUAAUACUAAUAACUGUAUCUCUGUGGUGGUUUUAUCCCCUAUGGGAUUCUAAGUAUUAAAGAACAGGGUGAAGAACAGGUGAAUAAUAAUAAAUAAUAUUAUAUAGAGAAACAGGAACAGGACUACAGUUCUCCUAUAUGAUCAAUAGAGCUAAUCUAAUUGGUAAUUGGUGUAGAAACAAGGAGGUGGUCAUAAUGUUAUGCUUAAUUGCUGCAAAGCAAGAUUUUACCUAAUUUUCUAACUGCUGUAGUAAAUAGGUACCAUGUUGAUGCUGUUAGUUUGAUGAUAAUAAUAUUAAUAAUAUAAAUUAAUAGUAUUAAUACGCGUUAUUUGCAUUGCUUUCUGUUGGUCUGUUCAUUUGAUUUCCUCACCUCUGCAUGACCGCCUGAGACUCGGCUUCUCAUGUAGACUCUUGUGAUCGUUGCACAACCACCAGCUCGGACUCGAGACUUCCUCUCACCACUAAUGACUCUACAUGUACAUAUAUAUAUAUAUAAACAUAUAUAAAUAUAAAUAUAUAUGUGCAGAUGAUUUUUUUGUGUGUACUUUGUAAGGAAAUUAAAUGAAAAAAAAAAAAUUCAGGUUCAAUAAAUUUGAUUUCCACCCUGUUUGGGGGGGGAAAUGAUCUCACGAU